AGCACACGCACACAUGGCACCGACUUUGCUCCACCUGAUUCGCCAUGGCCAAGUCUUGCACUUGCCCACGAGAUUCCAAACAUAUCCUCGAUUAGUCGAAUCUACGCAUCCCCGAUGCGUCGCACUCUCUAUACCGCACUUCUCGCUUUUCGAAAAGUACUUCAGUUGAAUCCCAAUAUCCGCAUCAUUGCACUACCAGAGCUGCAAGAGACUUCGGAUUUUGCAUGUGAUACGGGGUCAUCGCUCGCGCAACUGCGCGAGGAGUUCAAGGGCCAGCCUAUAGACCUAUCGUAUCUAUGUGAAGAGUGGAACGAUAAGAAGCAAGGGCGUUUCAGACCAAUGACGGAUCUGACGGAGCAACGUGCGUUUGAGGCGAGGAGGAUCAUCCGUGAUGGAUUAAAGGGGACCGUAGCUGUUGUCGCACAUGGUGGUAUCAAUCACUAUUUUACAGGGGAUUGGGAGGGUAGUAGCAGCGGCUCUGGAACUGGCUGGAAGAACUGUGAGUACCGAACAUAUAAGUUCGACAACCCCUCAAGCGAUAUGACCGAGCAGGCCGCCGUUGUCGAAACCGAAGAUUCUGUUCGCCGAAGAUUUCCAAAAGGGGAUCACAAAGAGCUCACUGCAGCCGAACAACACGAUUUGCGUGUUAGUACUGAAAUCUCUUGGGCCGCAGACGGGUACAUCUUGUUGAGCGAGACGAACCAUUCCCUGGCCAGCAACUCCACUGGUAAAGGAGAUGAAAAAUAA